AUGGGUGUGUUGGGAGGCUUAACAGCGGCUGGCCAGAAGUUUUCUUCACUGUGGUGGAGGGAUCUAUUUCCACUUACUAGUACUACUGACUUUCAGUCCGAUUGUGUCCAUGGAUAUUUGUCUUGCAAGUUAGGUAGUGGCGACUGCAUAUUGUUUUGGAAAAUAGGGGAAAUGGGAGAACUGGUUGCAGAUUACUGGGUGUGGCGGUUCAGCUCUGAGAGCGAUUUGUUCAGUUUGACAGUUGGUGCACAAGUGGCUGAGUUGCUAUCACUGCUAGAUAGUGUGGCACCAAACUUUGAGGAGUCAGAUGGCGGCAACUUCAACGAGGAAUGGAAGGCAGCAAACAAGAGCAUUUGGGCAGCAUCGGUGCCAUCGAAGAUUCGAGUUUUUGGUUGGCGAUGCUUACUGGGAAGAAUUGCAACAAAGGUGCAGUUGUCGAAAAGAGGAAUUGCAUCGCGCAUCAAUGAUAAUAAUAUGUGUGUUUUCUGUUUCUCUGCAGUCGAAACAUUGGAGCAUAUAUUGUUUUCUUGCCCAAGAUCCGUCUCUGUGUGGGCAAAUGUGUUGUUUUAG